AUGUGGACGCUCCUGAUGCCAUUAUUGGCACUCCUCGCGUCAGGCGGCGGUGAUUCUCUGUCGGCCAACAAGGAACUGCUUGAAUGUGCUAGCCAGAUCCUGUAUAUGGGUCACCAUUCAUAUGAACUUCCAACAAACUACAGUAGAAACAGUCCUCCUGGUAAAAAUACGACAGUUUACAUUGGAGUAAACGUCAACAGAGUCUCCGGAGUCGACGAGAAUAGAGAGGAGAUCACUCUGGACGCGUUCCUGCAAGUUUCGUGGGAAGAUAUGCGCUUGAAAAUACCUCCUCACAUGCCUUACAUCGAUUUACCCUGGGAGUUUCGGCAACUGAUCUGGACACCAGACCUCUACAUAUGGCAGUUACAAACGAUGAGAAUUAUGUCAGUACUUCAAGAAAUGGCUUCAUUACGACUAUAUGCGAACCGCACAGUCUCUGUCAGUAUAGGUGCCACAAUAACCAUUAAAUGCGAAAUGGACUUCGUGCUAUAUCCAUUGGAUGUACAAAAAUGUGCUAUAGACUUUAGCAGUUACAAAUACACAACAGAAGAUGUGCGGUUCGAGUGGCGGGAAGUAGCGCCGUGGUUCGGGCUGGCUGGAGGACAACGCCGGGAGUUCCGCCUACCCAAAUACGUGGUCACAUUUGUUACCGACAAAAGUAAUCAUAUUCGAAAUUUUGGUGAAGGUGAGCAUUCUGCAGCGAGAUUGCAAAUCAAACUGUCCCGCGAACUGCGGAGUUACCUUCUAGAAAGCUACUUGCCGUCAGCCUUGUUUGUAAUCAUAUCGUGGGGCAGCUUCUGCGUCAUACCAGAGAUCGUGCCGGGUCGCAUGGUACUGCUAGUUACUACGCUACUCUCGCUUGUCACCAUGUUUGAUACCGUCAGACAUUCUCGAUCAACUUUCAGCACGAACUCGCCUGACGCACUGGAACUAAAGUGCAUCGAAGUAUGGCUAAUCUCGUGCACCAUAUUUGUUUUCCUCGCACUCCUUGAAUACUUCGUGGUGCUGUUCGGCAUCAGGUACGACAAGAGUUGGAGCAGACGGCGGCAGGACCUGCGGCGAGCCGCCUCCGCCGCGCAGCUCGCGCCGCCUUUACAUAUCAACCACUCUCAGAGAUUAAGCACGCCAGUUAGCGGAACGCCACAAGGUGGUGUUUUCUCUCCGCAACUGAGCGUAGAAGAUGAAGGGCUUAAACAACAGUUCUCUCAUCAAACAAUACAGAGGUUAACAUCUUCGGAAAGAAGGCUUCGAAGAGACAAUAAAGUUGGAUGUGAGACGAGAACAGUUAGUAAGGACUCGCCAAUAUUGGAGACGAUGCCAGCCGGUGAUCCGUCUGGAAGUUUCUACGUAAGAUUCGCGGCAAUGGUCGAAAGAGGCGUCAUGUUUUGUGGCGCCCAGGAUGGGGCACUUGAUAAAUUUGCCCUUAUAUUGUUCCCUCUUAGUUUUCUUCUUUUCAUCAUUAUUUACUGGACCACAUAUCUCAGUGAAGCACAUCGAGCGAUGCAUGAG